UCACCAGCUGAUUUGUUGACUCGCACCCCCUGUGGUACUCAUCAAUCUUUCAAUCUACAUUGUGAUUUAUUUCAAUUUAUUUAGUUUGAUUUCAACAAAUGUUGAACAAAUGUUUAUACAUUUCAUUAUCUCGAUACCACAUAAUACUGUUUUAUGUUCUGAUAAUAAUAAUAACAGUAACUACCCGUUUGUGCUUUUGCUAAUGAUGUAGUCUAAAUUAUGCUAAUAUAACAGCAUGUGCCACCAUGGAAAUUUUGACGAACGUAAGACUGAUGUUGCUGUAUGUUAUCGUCGGUCAAUUACUGGGAAUAGUUUUGCUUUUAUUUCACCACAGGGACCACCAGCAUCCUGGAGCUUUGUCUGCACUCUUGUACUGUAUCAUCGCAAUGUUUUGUGAACUCUUGAGUACAUUGCCCGACUUUUAUAUCGCAGCAUUUCAGCUGUAGGCUCCAUCAGGAGAGUUCAAGAAAGCACCCCGCUGCGGUGCACAGAGGUGGUGGGCAGCUUGUUUAUCAGAAAGUUCAAAUGUUCAGCUUUUAAAACCGUAGUUCACUAACAACUUCUACAUUCCUUUGAUGUCAGUUUUCUCCAAUUUUCCCCACAGAUGAGUUUACUUGACUUGUGAAAUCGUUCCUCUGGUAGGCCCUCUGUUGCCAUGGCGACUAGAUGUAAUAUCUGCACAGUGUCAAGUAUUGCAGCAAUUAAAAACAGCACAAGCAUGUCUUGAUAAUGAAUUCAUUAAUUUACACUUGCAUACAUCUUCACCUUGGCAAACUGUCUCACAGCAGAAUUGGUUGUGGACAUAUUGAAGACCUUGUUCUGCAAUAACCACAAAGUUGGAACUGUUUGGUAUUUGUUUGUUAUUUCUUCAUCAUAACUCUUGGAUGUGGACCUGGAGUUUAAUGUUUGAUAAAACAAACAGUGGAUGAAGCCCAAUAUAGUGUGAGUGUUCUGGCCGCAUAAGGCACAUUCCGUCUGGGCAGCGUCUCAGGGUUGCUUCCUUUUGUGAUGGAGGAUCUGCGUAGGAGUCUGACAGAUUGGUAAUGGCCUCGUCUGUAGGUUUCCUUGUCUUUUGAUCAAGAGAGAGGUAGAAUUUAUGAUUGAAUCUCACCGAUUACCUUUUAUGACCAAUGAAAUGCACUAAUGUGCAUCUUGAGUGCGCAUAUACUGUAGCACGUGCUGCUGCUGUGGGGAAGAGCUCGUCCUGUUAAGAAAAGGGCAGCUCUGAUUUUUCCUUCAGUAUAGUUUGAGCUCUCUGUCGUAAGGCAGGGGAAGAAGACACAAGACAGCCUCAGGCCCAGUCCUCUCCUUAUAAGUCUUAAGAGGGGCUUUUCUGUCUGUGUAGGUGCAUGCCAAGGCAGCUCCUCCACCGCAGACCAGUUAUUCUUUGAAAGGAGCUGCUUGUUCUUUUGUAUCUGGUAAUUUAUUCUUUAUUUGUCAGACGAGUUACUAACUAGUGAGGAAGCUUGUAGCGUGUGUUACAGAUAGUAGGUUCCACACCUGACCUUUCAGAAACAAUAAUGCUUUAGGUGCAUUUCAUGUCAGCGCCUACAGAAUAUAGCAGAACGAGAUAUGACACGGUUCACAUGAAAUGUAAAGCAAGGCGUUGAAUCGCUGUACAGCACAGUGUUGCGCUUUGUUUGAAGCAGGCAUGUUAUGUCAUUUGGCAGGCUGGGCUCGCUGCCAUUAGACCACACACUGGCAUUUUGUUUCUUUUGUGCAGAACAUUCUCUGUAAUGUUUCAUACACACAUUUAUUGACUGUGCCCAACACUGUAGGCAGUGUAUCAUCGCAGUGUACCCGGUUGCCAAGCCACGACUAUAUCUUGCAUUGAAGUCUCUUUCCUUUUGGGUUUUUUUCCGUCUCCGGUCACUAUCGCUUGCCUCAUUCACGUCCCCAUGUCAACAUUGAGAGUCUUUUAUCAUUUUUUUUCUGUUAUUGUGUUUGUUCUUGCCCUUUCCUUACUGUGGUACACCAUCAGUAGCUUUGCUUUGUCAUCUCGGGUUUUGAUACAGAUUAGGUGACACUCUGUGGGAAAAACCGAGGGUUGAACUAGUCUUAGAAGUUGGAACAAGCUGUUCAGGCAGGCAGGCGAAUCCUCCGCUUACUGUGGCCUCAGGGCAAAGUAACCUAAAACUCUGCCUUUCACAUGCUGAUACACAUUGGUGAGUCACUUUCCUGUUUUUCUGAUGGGUGUAAUGAAAUGUCUGUCUGAAUUUUACCCUUUACUGUAGCCAAAGUGAGAUGAAGUGCUGAAGCGUCACCACGUCAGCGCUGCAGACUAGAAUCAGAGAGGAGUCGUAUUCUGGGUGUUUUUCUUAACAGUGGCCUAUAAAACCACCGGACAGUUAAAUCUUUGCUAGUGAAAGAGAGCUAGAGCACAUGUCUAUUCUGUUUGAAGAAGACUUAGAUAUCUUUCCCAAGAGAGGGCUAUGCUGUUUGUCUUAUCAAAGCUGUGGUCUGUCAGAUAUUCUGCUCUUCACUCGACUGCUGCCUUUCACAGCUCCAUUUUUAGAAACAACUUCCUCAGUCUUUCAAAGGGGCUGAAUUUGUCCUUUUAUUCCUAAAAACCUAUAACAGCAAAUCAUAGAGACCUAAUAAUAUUUACCAGGUGGUAUCAUUAUGUGAAUGAUGUUGAUUGUUUUUAAUUAUAAGGACAUAGAUUGCAGCCAUUUAAUGUCAGUUACUUGGAUAGUAGUUUUAGAAUAAACUAAGAAGCUUCAGAUAAUGUUAACAAUAAUGUUGCACUGUGUCAAUCAAAUGAGGUUGACAUCAAUGUAAAGUGUGUGUAGGUGUUGGAAGAUGUAUGGAUGGAGAGGCUGUUUGUGGGGACCAGUCGGCACUUGAGGGCAGCAUGGUCUUGUAUCAGUAAGUUGUGGGGCCAUGCGUUAGUAGUAUUAGUGACAGGCAACCCACUGUCACCUCGGAAACCAGGAGCGCUGGCCGCUCUUAUCCAAUCAUGUUAGGAAUGCUGGCCGUCACUUGGCCCAGGCUAUUUCUGCUGUCUGUCGCUAGUGCUUGGUUGUGCUAAAAGUACAUGGAUCCUUAGUUCCCCCCCACACCCUCUAUUUAAGCCUUCACCCUGCCACUCCUUUGAGAGCGUAGUGUAAAGUUGUUAGCACGUUUGCCGAGGCUAUUUAGUUUUUGUGGUGUGACUACUUUCCUCCGAGUACUUUACUGUGGGAAGGAAAGUUGUGGAAGAGACUUGGAAGGGGUGGGAGUGGGGGGAGUGGAAGAAAAAGGGGAUCAGUCAUCUAGCCAGCGAGCGAGAAGUGGGCGACACUAAGAGACAGGAGCCAGAGGAGAGAACCAGUCAGAGAGGAAGACGGAGGGAACGGGAGCUGUGGGACGUGAGGUGGAAAUGGCACAACGUUUGCGUUUGUACUUUGGCUCAGGCCGCAGUAACACAGCUCCGGAGAUACUAGAGGGAGACUCAGAGGAGCAGCAGGCAGACAGUGGCGUGGUCGCGGGAAUACAUAUGCAGCCACUUUUGUUAUCUGGGCCUUCUGAGGAGCCGGCUGCGUCACACGUCCCUCCAAGGCCUUCGGGGUUGCGUUCGGAGCCUUCGCUCAAACGUAGCUCCUCCAUGUUUAUACCCCAGCUCGCCGCUUAUGCUGAUCCGCGGCCCACCAAGAGCUCCUCCAUGCGCAUCUCUCUACAGCGUGCCAAUGGAUCAAGUAAUGGAGAUUUCAGUGGCCUCGCUGACGAUGUCCCGCCACCCUGUUAUACUCCCCCGGGACCUGCGCCUGCCUACUCUGAACCACUGAUUCAAGCAGACGUUCCCAGAUAUUCGCCUCCUCCAUCCUAUAACCCUGAUUUUUUAAACUCUCAGACUUUUCUGCUUGAGCCAAACAUGCCCAAGCGAAGGGUCUUCAGUAUUGGAUCUAAUGGACAUAUUUUGUAUAGCACAGGCCAACCUGGCAUCAGUGUUGGUGGUAUUUGUGUGCAGAGGAGGUCUCCUGAUGGCUCAGACGUCCAGCAUUUCAGAAUUCUACCCCAUGGCGGUGGCGGCUGGUCUGUCCAGCAGCAAAACUUGGACCAGCGCUCUCGUGUGAACGGUGGAACACAGAGACUAGUGUUUCAGCUGCAGCAAAAUCAGAACCAGGAUCAGAACCAGGGAAGGCAACAGGCAGCUGCACCCCAGGAAGAAUGCACAGAAGUUGACUUUUCCACUUCAAGGGGUGGCCGUAUAGUUCGCUACCCCAAAAUUCACUUGGGGAGAAGUAUGUCCCAUCAGAGGCUUUUGUUGGAGAAUCAGACCCAAAAUGCUGGCGCAGCAAACGAAGUUGCAGAGGACACCGAAACCAACACGGAGACCCAGAGAAUGGAUGCAAGAAACAGAUCUAAUGGUUGCACUUUUAAAAUUAGUGGGGACAGUCCUGGACGACAGCCUCGUUUCAAGAUAUAUUUUACUCCGGGUGGAGCUGAAGAUAAGGAUGUAAGCCUAGGCAAUGACUUAAUGAGGACUAAUCCCAAGACUAGAGAUGAUUUCCUGGGUCAAGUCGAUGUUCCUCUCAGUCAUUUGCCGACAGAGGACCCUGCUAUGGAGCGCCCCUACACAUUCAAAGACUUCCUCUUGCGGCCCAGAAGCCACAAGUCCAGGGUGAAGGGUUACCUGCGUCUCAAGAUGGCUUAUCUUCCAAAACAAGGAGGACAUGAGGAGGAGGCUGGAGAGAUGAGGGAAGAGGCUGAGGGAUGGGAUGAAUCUGCGGACUCGGGCUCCCAGCGGCCGCAACAGCUGCAGCCCCCAUUGCCCCCAGGCUGGGAGGAGAAAGUGGAUAACCUGGGACGCACUUACUAUGUCAACCACAACAACCGCUCUACACAGUGGAAACGACCUUCCAACGUGGAUGUGAUUUCAGAGACGGAGAGUGACAAUCAGCAGCGGCAGAUUCAUCAAGAAGCACACCGUGUCUUCCGUUCGAGGCGCCAUAUAAGUGAAGACCUAGAGAAUGAGCAUCUGGAGCCCAGGGAUAUGGACAACUCCUGGGAGCUCAUCACAGAGGAAGAUCCCAAUGACAGCAUGGCCCAGUCUCUGCCUGGCCCUUCCUCUGUGUUAACGCCCCAACACCUGCCGCCACCCGCCACCCAGGAGAUUUCACAGGAUUUGAAUUUGAGGCUGUCGCUCACUCCCGAGAGCAACGGCGAGGUGCCGGGGCCCAGCUCUGCUCUGACCCAGCUGUCAAACCGACUUCGAUCUUCCAGUAUGACGGAUGGUGUCAGUGAUCAGGCCCAGGCUCCUCCUCUUAUGCAGAGAUCCCAGACCAGAAGAACGAGAGCUCAAACAGUCUCAGGUGGUGAGGAGCCCAUGUCCCCCUCGGCAACUGCUUACGCCUUGACCACCCCUGGCCUGCCCCCUGGAUGGGAGGAGAGGAAGGAUGCCAAGGGAAGGACUUAUUACGUCAACCAUAACAACCGCACCACAACCUGGACUAGGCCAAUAGUGCAGCUGACUGAAGAUGGAGCCAGCACCUCAACAGCAGCAGCCUCAGGAGGAGCCUCGGCCCUGCUACCCGCAUCCACCCCUUCUUCCUCUUCCAAUGUCUCCAACAACCACCUCCAUGAGCCCCAAGUCCGACGACCUCGUAGCCUCAGCUCCCCUACUGUCACCCUUUCCACCCCCUUGGAGGGAGCCAACAACAUCCAGGUGCGGAGAGCCGUAAAGGACACCUUCUCCAACCCGCAGUCUCCCCAGCCUUCCCCGUACAGCUCCCCCAAGUCACAGCACAAGACACAGCAGAGCUUCCUGCCCCCCGGCUGGGAGAUGAGGAUAGCCCCCAAUGGGCGGCCCUUCUUCAUCGACCACAACAGCAGAACAACCACCUGGGAGGAUCCCAGGUUGAAAUAUCCAGUUCACAUGAGGAAUAAAAACUCAAUGGAGCCUGGUGAACUCGGGCCUCUUCCUAACCUACCAGAGGAGCCUGGAUGGGAAGAACGGAUUCACACAGACGGACGCACCUUUUACAUUGACCACAAUACAAAGAACACUCAGUGGGAGGACCCUCGUCUGCAGAGCCCGGCUAUCACCGGACCCGCUGUUCCAUACUCAAGAGAGUUUAAGCAGAAGUAUGAUUACUUCAGGAAGAAGUUGAAGAAGCCGACGUUCCAGGGUGACAUCCCCAACCGGUUCGAGAUGAAACUGCACAGGAACAACAUCUUUGAAGAGUCGUACCGUCGAAUCAUGUCCCUGAAGAGGCCGGAUGUUCUGAAGGCGCGACUGUGGAUCGAGUUUGAAUCGGAGAAAGGGCUGGACUACGGUGGUGUGGCCAGAGAGUGGUUCUUCCUUUUAUCCAAGGAGAUGUUUAAUCCUUACUACGGCCUGUUUGAAUACUCUGCCACGGACAACUACACAUUGCAAAUCAAUCCCAACUCGGGCCUUUGCAACGAGGACCACCUCUCCUAUUUCAAGUUCAUCGGACGUGUGGCAGGAAUGGCUGUGUUUCACGGAAAGCUGCUAGAUGGUUUUUUCAUCCGGCCCUUCUACAAGAUGAUGCUGGGAAAACAAAUCUCUCUUAAGGACAUGGAGUCUGUGGACAGUGAAUACUACAACUCUCUGAAGUGGAUCCUGGAAAACGACCCUACUGAGCUGGACCUCAGGUUUUGUAUUGAUGAGGACAACUUUGGGCAGACGUACCAGGUCGACCUUAAGCCCAGUGGUUCAGACAUGGUGGUGACCAAUGAGAACAAGAAGGAAUACAUAGACCUGGUCAUCCAGUGGAGGUUUGUCAACCGGGUCCAGAAACAGAUGAACGCCUUCUUGGAGGGCUUCACAGAGCUCAUUCUCAUUGACCUGAUCAAAAUCUUUGACGAAAACGAACUGGAGCUGCUCAUGUGUGGCUUGGGCGACGUCGACGUCAACGACUGGAGACAGCACACUGUUUACAAGAACGGCUACUGCCCCAACCAUCCUGUUAUACAGUGGUUCUGGAAGGUCGUCCUGUUGAUGGAUGCUGAAAAGAGGAUUCGGCUCCUCCAGUUUGUUACGGGAACAUCCAGGGUGCCAAUGAACGGCUUUGCCGAGCUUUAUGGUUCUAAUGGACCUCAGCUGUUCACCAUUGAGCAGUGGGGGACACCAGAUAAGUUGCCAAGAGCUCACACAUGUUUUAACCGUUUGGAUCUUCCCACCUACGAAUCAUUUGAGGACCUGAGAGAGAAACUCCUCAUGGCUGUGGAGAACGCGCAGGGCUUCGAGGGGGUCGACUAAAGACGGCGUCGCCUGACUGCAUCCAACUAACAAGAAGAAAAAAAAAUAACCAUGAAAACAAAAAAGCCACAGUUCUGUGCAAGCAUGUUGUACUGUAAUGCCUGACUGCGAGCCACCAACACAGCACGGUGGUUUGAGACUGUACAGAGACUUGUCGAGCCAAUAUGCCUACGUCUUUAUAUCUUAUCAGUAUGGGUAGGUUACCCCUUCAAAGGUGCUGGGGAAAGAAAGGGGAGUGUUGAAUGGUGAAGUCUAUCAUCCACAGGCAUGAGCAGUGAAUGACUAAAGCCGGCCCCGAUCUGCUGUUUUGUUCCCCUCUCCCCCUCUGUCCUGUGAAAAUCUACAGUGCUGGAAAACACUUAAUACAUUUCAAUAGCUCCUUCACACACAAACACACUAUACCACAGUUUUCAAGCACCCUUCAGUGGAAGGGGGUUAGCAUGGCCUUAGUCUGGCUCCUACAUGCACUAUUUCUCGACGAACCCACAAUGGCACUAUGAGCACUAGAAGUCUUUCAAACCCUUAGACCAACACCAGAUUACCUUAGGAAUGCUAGCCAAUCACACGUCAGGAAAUUGGCCACACCCCUCCGUAGAGCCUUGUCUAUGUCGUGUGAUCCGACGUCGCACUUCAGCCUUUUUGUAGUAAUAACGUUGUUUUUGUUAGUUUUUUUUUUAAACCACUGGUAAAGAUUCGACGAUGGGGGGUGACACAACCCCCAGUUUUGUUUUAUAAUUUUGACAUCACUAAUAUUUUUUAAUAAUUGCUACAAUUCUUGCAGGAAAACACACCCAACAUGUUUGUACUGAUGAACAAUGUUGUUUACUCUUUUGACAGUUCUAUAUGACGCCGUGUAUGAAGUGUAAAUCUGGCUAAUCUGGGAAAUUAAUAGUCCAUAUCAUUUGUUAAGGUGAUAGCAAAUGUGGUUUUACUGUAGUGCUAUGAAAGCAGCAUGAACCUGUAUGUUGUGUUUGCUUUGACUACAUAGUAAUUUGGACGUCUGGGGGGGAAAAACUAAAACUGGCGUUAUUUUCUCUCCGACACAUCUUAAUUCUAUUAAUAUUGUCAUGCCUGUUGCUGUUCAUAAUGCUGUAAAUUGUUCUGAAAACAAUUUAAGUUCUUUCAUGAUAUAUAAAUAUAUGUAUGUAUUACAUUUAACAGAAGUAUUACUGAUCAUGACUAAAAUGAAGCUGUGUGUGUGCGGGUGUUUGAGAGAAAAGCUGUGAUUGGGACUGAAUAUAAAGCAGCACGUUUCUUACAAAGACAAAGAUUUAUUUGUUUUUCUUUUUAUGUUUUUCCUUUUUUUUUGUUUCUCUCACCUUUUCUAACACCUUUUAACCUAAAGGGCACUUUAUAGAUCACUCUGAGGUCAUGUCGCCUAUUGUCUGUGUAUUUGUUCCAUCAUUAACUCGAAUGUGAUUCUGUUUUCUUCCAUUCAAAGCACUCACCUGGUGCAAUAUAAAUAGUCUGUAAAUCUGGGCUGCUGCUAAGGUAGAACAAGUGAAUAAAAGUGAAGCUGAGGCUUCGCAUCCUUUAAUGUUUCCACCUUUUCCACCUUUACCUCUUCUUUUGUCCCUUCUCUCCUCCUUUACCUCCCUUGUGUCCCCUCCUGUGAUUUUGCCACUCAAACUGACUCUGUGAAGUUUAAAAAUAUUAUUUUUUUUUUAGAGGGUUUUCCUUUUUUUUAAUGAAUGACAGGAAAUAUCAAUUUUGUUGCAGAUUCCACCACUCUCUGCAACUCUUUGUGGUUUAACUUCAGUCGAAUAAAAACAGAAACUUCUUA